AUGGCGAAAUCCGCGCCGGACGCAGCCGAGCCUGUCACUGGUGGGCCACUCAAGGCGCACAGGUACUGCGAUGCCUCUUUCAAGGCAAAUGCUGAUAGAAGCGCCUCGGGCCCCGUCGCCGCGGCAGUCAUCGUGGGCGGUGAUGUGUGCCACCUAGGCUUUGAGAACACGCGCGCAGCCGCGUCGACGUCAAUCGCCGAUGGCAGCGAUGAGGUCAUCAGCGCAGCUAUUGAGCUAAUGGGCAUAUUCAUGUCUUGUCUGCGAGCCCACCGUUUCAACGCGCGCGUGGACUGGGCGCGGCUGAGACAGGCGUCGCAGGCCAUGCGCGAGGCUUGCCCGCCAGGUCAGUCAGGCAACCGGGUGGUCGGGCGAAUCGUCGAGUCGAGGUCCGCGGCCCUGAACCCGCGGGCGGUCGCGUUCCUGCUGGGGCCGCCAGCGGCUUCGGGGAGGCUGGCGAGCUUCGCCGGGCCUUCGGAGCAGCAGUUCGACGUCGCGGGCAAGCCAGCGAGGCGAUGCCAGCCGGGCAUCAUCGAGACGUCUCCAGGAAACAGGCACAGUACGAUGGGCUACCUGCAGAAGGCCUCAAAGGACCACGAGAAGGCACGGAUCUUGUUCCAAAAGGAGAAGGCUGCUCCCAGCUCCGAGGGCUGGGGCCCCUCCUACGUCGAGGCACGUCGGGACUUCGCGAAGCACCUCCCGAAGGGGCCCCCGAUAGGCAAGCACGGGGUCAAGCUGGCGCUCACUAUGCAGCGCAGGCUCCUGCUCGCCGCCGCGGCAAUCGCAGCGCCGCGCCCCUCGCUGGCCAGCCGGCUGGCCACGCAGUCGCGGGGGGUCCGCACCAAGGUGUCCUCCAAGCAUUUCGACUGCUCCGCUGGCCUCGCUGAGGCGGAGAGGGGAUGGUCCGACGAGAAGCGGCGGCACUGUUGCGCGACCGAGAGCAGAGGCUGCGAGAGAGACUACGAAUUCCAUAUUGUCGGCACCCGGUACGCGCCGGCCCCUGCACCAGCGGCCGCACCAACAACCUCCACGACCACCACAACGCCAGUUGAGCUCCCAGCCGUAUCCAUCAUACUGGAGUUCAAGCACAUGAGUUACGCCGCCGUUGAGGACUCCGCGGACGGCGAGGGAGGGGCGAUGCGCCGGGAGAUUGCCCGGGUCGUUCGCGACAUCAUCGGAGAGCAGUGUUCGCCAGACCUUUUUGACAACGUCAUCGUGCCCAACGAUACGAACCACUACGCCUACGAGAACAAGGAGCAGCACUUCGCGGACCUCGCGGCCCCGGGGCUCCUCCAGGCCCGCGCGUCCGCCUGGCGGAGGCAGUCCCUGCCGGCCGCCGCCGCCGCGGGAGCCACGGAGCACGAGCCCCUCCCAACCGCGCCGGCCGCGGCCCCGCCGCUGGCGCCCGUCUCGCCGGCGGAGGCGCCGGCGCUGUCGCCCAUGUCGUCGCCCGUCAGCGCGCCCGCGGCCGCGCUGGCGCCGGCCAUGGCGCCGGCGACGGCGCCCCCAGGAGUGGUGCCGCAGGCAACGUCGCCAGAGUCGGAGUCGGUGCCGCCGCCGCCGUUUGACUGCGCGGCGGGCCUCGACAAGUGGUUCGUGGGCUGGUCGGCGGACAAGAUGAGCUGGUGCUGCGCCAACGAGGGCAAGGGAUGCACGGCCACCACAUCCUCGGCGUUCGAUUGCGCCGCCGGCCUCGCCAAUUGGGAGGCGGGCUGGUCGGCAGCGAAGAAGCAGUGGUGCUGCUCCAGCCAGUCGAAGGGCUGCUCAGGAGAGGCCAUGAACAUGAACGCGUCCACGGAGACGAACUUGACCAACUUCACGAACAUGACGUGGACAGAAGCGGAGACGUACGUGACCGAGCCCACUCAGUGGUGGUUGAACGUAACCGGCAAUUGCACAACCAUCGGGUACUGCGUGCAGAGCCCGAACUACCCGCAGAAGUACGGGAACGACCAGGGAUGCAACAUUACCCUGAACCAGUCGGUUCGACCGAAAGUCACGGGAAUGAUGUUCAGCUCCGAGUCGAGCUACGACGUCCUCACUGUGAACGGCCAGGAGUACAGCGGGACGACUGGGCCUGUGGGCGUGGUGCCGACGUCCACCAUCACCUGGUCGUCCGACCACGUGAACCAGGGGCACGGUUGGCAGCUCUGCUUCCAGGAGCGCGACAUUGUCCUCACCGUGACGACGACGCCGAAGCCGAUGGUUUACGACGGGUGCCCCGUCAACGUGUUCGCGCAGUUUUUUCCAGGGAACACAGAGAUGUUGAAGGAUCGGCCGUUCCAACGAUUCUUGAAGAAAGGCGAGGAGCCGUUCGAUUCUUUCGCCCAGGUUUCCCGAGGGAAGGACGAGUCGGUGUUCCUCGAGAUUCUCGUAACAGAGAAGGCGAACACUCGCAACGAGGAGUUGCCAGUGGCCAUGGAGAUCAUCAAACGAACGCAGGGUGAUCUGUUCGUGGCGCUAAAGAACGCGAUGCGGAGAUUUGUAGAUUUCAAGCCGAUCGUCGGCGGAAUGUACCUGAACUGGGUGGCCCUUCAGCCAUAUCAUGUGGACACGUGCGAGGCAAAGAUGAGCAAAAUGGUCCAUGAGUUCUCGAAGUCAUACACUCGGCGGCUUGUCCCAUGGGCGCUCUACAACGAGUGCACGAACUGGAUGACAGCGUUGUCUUUCAGCCACGACCCUCUCGUGAACGAGCUGGACCAUUCGAAGUGCCGCGCGUGGACACACAACUUCAUGCAGAAGUGGAACUACGGGAAGGGGGUGAAGGAAGUGGCCGACCCCAAUCUGUUCGAUUGCCAGGCUGGCCUGUCGAACUGGGAGCAGGGCUGGUCGAGCGAGAAGAAGUGUUGGUGUUGCGCGCACAAGAGCCAGGGCUGCGACCCCGCACUCACGUGCCCUCAGACGUGGGCCGUCAACAGGACAGUCCACAUCGACUACAAGCGCCUGGCUCGGCCGGCCAGCAGUGCCCCUCCUCCUGCAUUCCGUCAUGCACCGCAGCCCGCCCCUCAUGGACGCCUCACGGACGUAGUUCCCGGGGCAUGUCUCAUGUAGAUUGUGCUCUGGUCUGCGCUGUGUCUCGUGCGGUGUGCUUCUCGGGUUGUCUUCGGGAUGGGCUCCGAGUUCCAUUCGGAAGUGUCUC